GUACAGUAUCACAGGUCAGGAAAAAUAACUUGAUACAGACAACAAGAACACUAGAUCUGCUUUUAUCUUUUGUUGUUGAUUUCUCCCAAGUGAUUGGAUGAGAUGGGAAAGACCAGGAAAUGGCUAAGAAACUUGUUGAUGUCCCAGAAGAAACACGAGGAAAAAGAGAUGAGACAAUGUGGAGAGAAUGAUCAGAUUUCUUCAACUGCCUCUGAAACGCCAACCCCAAAAGAGAAACGUAGAUGGAGUUUCCGUAGGCCUUCAAAUUCCAAGCAACUCAAUUCCGCAGAAACCAACGUGACGGUCUCACCGACAUUACCAGUACCACCAGGUGCCACAGAUGCUGAUCAAAAUUUGCAGAACAGCCACUUGGCUAUUAUCAUCACUUCCAGCAUCACAGCUGUGAGUACUGAAGAUGCUGCUGCCAUUAAAAUUCAAUCUGCUUUUCGGUCUUACUUGGCAAGAAAAGCAUUGGGUGCUCUGAGAGGAAUAGUGAAGUUGCAGGCAUUAGUAAGGGGAGAGUUGGUGAGAAAAUGGGCUUCGGCUACUCUUAGACGCAUGGAAGCUUUAUUGACAGCACAAGCCAAAGCUUGUGCUCUGAGGAUCCGAAUGGCAUCAGAAGCGAAGUCUAAUCAGAGACAUUCCACUUACCACAGAAAAGCACCAGGCAACUUGAUAAGGCAUGUGUAUGACUUUGAUGAAAUUGACAUGGAAUUGGAAGAGAACAUCAAAAUUGUGAAGGUGGAUGCUUAUGGAUCAAAAGACAGCGGCAGAAGCAGAAAUAACACCAUAAAUUACACUCAGCACAAUGGUUCUGAGCAGAGUUUCUCAGCACAUUAUCCCACAUAUGGUUCAUACUCAAAAGAAGAAGACCACAAGGCAUCUCCAGCCCCAUCAGCACAGAGCAGCCGUGCAUCAAAACCUGAUGAUAAAAAGCUUCUUUUUACUUCCCCAGUGACCUCCUCUCACAACUCAUCAGUCCCAAAUUAUAUGGCCAACACAGAAUCAUCAAGGGCCAAAUUCAGAUCAAAUAGUGCGCCCAGGCAAAGACCAGACUCCUUUGAGAGGCAAUUAAGCAGGCCCAGAGCUUCAAUGGAAACAAGAAAUACUGGUCACAGACCAGUCAUGCAGAUGAGAAGGUCGUCUUCACAUGUAGGUGCUGUUGCUCAAAACUACCAAUACCUAAGCUCAAUCAAACUUGACAGAUCCGCUGCUUCACUGAUAGAAAGUGUGUGUGGUUCUACCAGCACGGUUCUCACAAAUAUUCAGUACUGCAAAUCUCUUGUUUCAUAUAAUCCUCAUGAAGAUAGGUACUACUGACAAUGCUCUACGGCAACAACAAAGUGUUACUGCAUUUUAUUGGUAGACUUGAACUGUAUUUUUACAAAUCCAUGGCAAUU